GGAGCAGACAAAAAGUUCACCGUGAAUAAAUGCUGCCAUUGGGACGACGCCUGAACUCAGCAGGGGGUGUCAGGGCAUUCUCGACAGCUCUGCGCCGUCCUCUUGCUCCUCUACGGACCGUCUCGACACUGCCGUCGCUGCGGAGAUCGUCAGGAUUGGCAGCGGGUCAACGGGAUCCUGCAGAGCUUGAUCAGAUUACAAGGCUGCCAAAUGGAUUGCGAGUAGCCACGGAGGCUCUUCCCGGACAUUUCGCGGCUGUUGGUGUUUAUGUGGAGGGCGGAUCGCGAUUUGAACCGCCAGAGUUGAGCGGAUGCAGUCACAUUAUGGAUCGAUUGGCAUUCAAGAGCACAAAGACGCGCUCGAUUGAUGAUAUGCAGGGCGUUCUCCAGGAGAUGGGUGGCACUUACAUGUGUUCAUCCUCGCGAGAAGCCGUCAUGUACCAAGCUGCGGCGUUUAACCAGGACAUCGAGAGGAUGACGGAGGUUCUCGCGGAUACUAUAAUCAAUCCCCAAAUUACCGAAGACGAAGUCGAAACGCAGAAGCUGACCGCUGAAUACGAGAUUGAGCAGAUCUGGGGAAAGCCGGAUAUGAUCUUGCCUGAACUGGCGCAUAUGGCUGCUUUCCGUGAUAAUACUCUCGGAAAUGCAUUGCUGUGCCCAGCAGAGAGAUUGCCCCUGAUCAACUCGGAUGUGAUGAAGCAGUACCGCAACGCGUUUUACCAGCCCGAACGGACUGUGGUCGCGUUUGCCGGUGUUGCUCACGAAGAGGCACUACGGAUAGUGGAGAGGCACUUUGGCGACUGGAAAUCCGCCACGCCUGGCGAGUCUGCAGUCUCUACAGGAACUCUUGACGGGAUCUUCAAAUCACUCUUUGCGGGAUCCGGCGGGCAGCCGCCUUUGAUCAGCACUCCUGCGCAUUACACCGGAGGCUCCAUAGUCCUGCCAACGACAGCCAAAGUACCCGAUUACACGCAUUGUUUCAUCGCUUUCGAAGGUCUGCCCAUUAGUGACCCAGAUGUGUACGCUUUGGCCGUGCUACAGCUCAUCAUCGGUAGUGGAUCAUCUUUCAGCGCUGGUGGACCUGGAAAGGGAAUGUUUGCGCGCGCAUUCACGAAAGUAUUGAACCGUUACAGAUGGAUCGACUCAUUCAUGUCGUUUAACCACUCUUACAGUGAUUCUGGGCUUUUUGGUGUUUCGGCUAGUGUUGAACACCGUGCUGCUAAUGUUGUUGCGGAAGUCAUCUGCCAAGAGCUGGCAUUGACGAUGCACUCUGGAGCCGGAGGAAUCACCCAACUGGAGGUUGAUAAUGCUAAGAGACAGCUCCGUUCUUCGCUGCUGAUGAACCUGGAGUCUAGGAUGAUCCAGGUUGAGGACCUUGGUCGUCAGGUGCAGGUUCAUGGACGCAAGGUUGGUGUACAGGAGAUGUGCGAAAGUAUAUCUGCGUUGAGUGUGGAUGACAUCACGCGUGUCGCGCAGAGAGUGAUGAAGGGUGCGGUCGUGAACGUUGGUGAGGGCAGUGGAAGGCCUACAGUUGUUUUGCACGGACCGAAUGUUGAGAACAUCGGUGAUGUGUUUGCUUGUUGUGACAAGUACGGUUUGGGACGCGGUGCGCCGGACAAGGGGUACACGCGUGGGGGGAAGUAGGCGAAUCAUCUGGACCGAGAGCGGAGUUGUAGGAGUAGGGCGUAGCAUACCCCCCGAAAAUGAAUAGACAGCAUUUUACACCCAGCAAGAUAUCGUAUAACCCU